GGUUUCUGCGCAGACUUGCGCCGUGAUGAACGGAAAGAGACACUCUCCUGUCAUUGGUCAGCUCAAAUGACUGCAACAAGGAAGUGCCGCUACAGGAAAUCUAUCCUUGGGCAGAAAUGGCGGCGCUCAAGUUGCGUUGGGCUGUAGUGUUUAUUUUGAUUUUUGUCAGUCUAAUCUUCACUUGUAAAUGUGACAAUGUUGAAAAUUCAAACGAGUCAGUUAGAGACAAGGACGUCGACCCGAGCGCAUCACAAGCAGCGAGUCCCGGCGAGACUCAGCACGGUGAAGAAAGCAGCACUGAGGAGGUUCAGGCUGAAAAGCAGCAGUGGCACACGACAGAGUUUGGGAUAAACGAUGCACUUGAAGCCGACAAAGCUGACUCCAAGACUCUGAAUGAUUCUCCUGGAGACAGCAAAUCUUUCACUCCACCGCCCGCUAAAGACCACUUUCAGGAGGAACUGGUGAUCCGGCCCCUCCAUUCCGGAGACAUCUAUGCGAGUUUCCAGUUUGGCACACAACUGGACACAGAUUUUGAACAAGAAGAAAAGAAAGUAUCCCACUACCGUCUCUUCCCAAAGUCCCUGGGCCAGGUGCUGUCUAAAUUCUCAGUGCGAGAGCUGCACAUCUCCUUCACACAGGGCUACUGGAGGACCAUGCAGUGGGGGCAGCCAUUCAUUCCUGCUCCUCCUGGAGCCGAGCUAUGGGUUUGGUUCCACAACACAGUGCUUAAUGUUGAUGAGAACUGGAAGGAGCUCACCAAUGUUCUGUCAGGCAUCUUCUGUGCUUCUUUAAAUUUUAUUGACUCAACCAACACGGUGCAGCCUACUGCCUCUUUCAAACCCCUGGGACUGGGAAAUGCGACUGAUCAUCGUUUCCUUCGUUAUGCCACGUUGCCACGGGAAAUUGUCUGUACAGAGAAUCUGACCCCUUGGAAGAAGCUUCUUCCUUGUGGCUCAAAGGCUGGACUAGCAGUGCUGAUGAAGUCAGAGAAGCUUUUCCACAGCAGUUUUCACUCACAGGCUGUGCAUAUCAGACCUGUCUGUAAGGAUUGGCAAUGUUCAGGCACAGCAUGGGAAUUAAGACAGACCCUCGGGGUGGUGUUUGAUCUCUACACCUCUGGCCAAGGCAAAAAGGAUUGGUCCCUUUUCAAGAUGUUCUCUCGCACUCUGACUGAGGCUUGCCCUCUAGCAUCUUCUAGCAAAGUCUACGUGGAUGUCACAGACAACCCUGAGAGUGAGCUGUUUGACCUGAGCCCAGCCACACCUGUCCUCAACACAGCUGUAGUUCUGGGGGAUCGCAGGACUUAUGCUGUGUAUGAUCUGACCAAAGCAGAGACUUUUGGCCAGCUACGUUCUCUCAAUCUCUUAAUGCGCUGGAAAGGGGAAAGUGGAGACAUGCUGCGUCCCCUGCUCCAUGCAGAGCGCUAUGUGGCUGGAUUUGGCCUCCAAACGGGCGAGAUACACACACUAAUCUAUAAUAAUCAUCCAUACAGAGCUUUCCCUGUUCUCCUGUUGGAGUCAGUGCCCUGGUAUCUGCGACUUUAUAUUCACACGCUCACUAUAACCAGCAAGUCACGUGAAAACAAACCAAGCUACAUUCACUACCAACCUUCAAAAGACCGCUUGCGUCCUCAUCUCCUCGAGAUGCUCGUGCAGUUACCCCCUCAUUCGGUCACUGAGGUGACAGUGCAGUUUGAAAGAGCUCUGCUAAAGUGGACAGAAUACCCACCAGAUCCAAACCAUGGUUUCUACGUUGGAUCAUCUGUGAUAAGUGCUCUUGUGCCAAGUGUUGUUGCCAUGGACAUCAACAGCACUCUGGAGCGUCCGCUUUUCAGCAGUUUCUUCCAUACCAAAGAGGAGUCAAGCUACUUUGUGCGUGUGUACACUGAGCCUUUGCUGGUUAAUUUGCCCACGCCUGAUUUCAGCAUGCCCUAUAAUGUUAUCUGCCUCACAUGCACGGUUGUGGCUGUGGCCUACGGCUCUUUCUACAACCUACUGACCCGCACUUUCCAGGUGGAGGAACCUAGCCCACCGCUAGCUAAACGCUUAGCCAACAUCAUCCGCCGCAUACGGGGAGUACCACCACUAUGAAGGACAUGAAAUUAACUUUGGAGCUUAUUAGGCAGCUUGAAAUCUGUCGACAUCUUGAUUUGUGGGAACCUCAAGGUUUUUAACAUGGCUGAGAGAAGUCGUCAUGAAGAAUGCUGCAACUUAAAGUUUUACCAAGAACCAAAUGUUAUGGGUCUGUGGGUUUUGAGUCUGUUUACACUGGAGAAAAUGAACUAUUUCAGCAUGAUUUGGGGCAAGAGGGAUUAAUUUACAUCUGGGUAUUUAAAAAUGUACCACUGUGUAUUGGCAGUUUCUUAUUCCAUUCAUCUGGAAUACAAACUUGCAGCAGAUAGAAAUGUGAACCCUUUAUUAUUGUACUUUGGGAAUGAGCAAGCCAUUACUCACUCAUCCAGUGAAGAUGGAAAAAAAAUUCCAUUAAGUGUACUGUAGCAAUGUUAUUGCUGUGAAAUUGAUUUCCCUUGGAAGUACAAGGCUUGCUUCUUUCUUCAAAAAAGGGCCUUUCAUUGGAAUGCCAUUUUAACUAUCCUGAGAUAAGCAAACAAAUGCAUGUGUAAACCAGGCAAGGAUCUAAUAUGUGUUAAAUUGGCGUUUCUUUUAUUUAUAGAGCACAGGGCUGCGUGACCGAUUUCAAAUCGAGGUACUCAGUCAGCAAUAAAGCUAAAUUUACUAAAGUAGUUGGAGAACAAUGUGUUCAUCCAAGACUGUUGUUUCUGGCAGUCAGUGCAUUUCUUUUUGUUCCAGAUAGCUCUCUCAAGCACACUCAAUUGCUUAAUCCACCCAAGCGGACAGCAUAAAUAUGAACAAUUGGUAAUAUAUAAUAAUUAAAAACUUGCUUGUAAAGUCACAGCACACACCUAGUAACACACACACACACUUAAUACAUUGUACAUAUUUUAGAUAGUGCAGGUUGCUGACAAACAUUGAUAAACCUCUAUAAGUGACUUGUAUGGCAGUUACAUGUAUGUUAUAAGUGUUCAUAACUGAGAACCUUAAAUUUAGGGGGUUUUGCUGUGUACCUUAUGCAAAUGAGGUUGUGCAGAAAAGGUUUAACACUUGGUCCCACUAAUGUGUAGGUUUCAAGAAAACUGGGUUAUGUGUCUUGGUUUAUGAUUAAUCCCUAGACACUCCUCUGAAAUCCAUUGAGAUGAAUGCUAACCACUAUUUCCUUUUCUACCUACCAGAGUCUCUUCUCAAAAUAACUGACACCUAAAAUUCCUUAUUUUUUCUUUCCUGAGAAACUUUUCCACAUGCUGCUAUAUUUUCUGUCUGGCUCUCUAGAGGUGCUGCCAAGUUGUAGGAGAUGUUUUCUUUGCCAAAGAUUGCCACAUAUUUGAGUCUCAAAUCGAGGCCAAGACAUCUUUUACAUUCCUGGACGCUGAUGCUAGUGCUAAGAUACCUAGUAACAUCUGUCAUACCAAGACAGAGUAGUCAUAUGAAAAGAGAUCAUAAAUGUUACCAUUUGUACUGGCUCUGGAACCUGCCUUUAAAACUACCAACAAUUCUACAUGCCAUGCCCAGGGUUUAUACUUGUUGUGUUUUAAGAAAUAAAAUCCACUGAAACACUGAAAUUUACCAAAAGACACAAUGGGUUUUAAUAAUGACAUCACAAACAUGAAAAAAAAAAUCAAUGGUGAAAAAAUAUUCCAUUGAAUUCAUGGAUAUAUGUAUUUCUGUCAGAAUAAAAAUGGUGUAUAAA